AUGUCUCCGAACAUUGUUCCAGAACCCGUUGCCAUAUCAUUCAAUGCUGGCCGGUAUUUGCUAUUCGACAUAGAUGUCGUGACUCACCUUCGUAGGACUUACCAUAUCUGUGGUGUUUUGACUGGCACCAUUCCGCAGAUUCCACAACAGAACUUGUUCCUUGGCCUACCAGUCGAGUUACUACCAGAAGAGGCCAAAGUACUCGUCGAUAAGAAGAUUGCGUACAUUGUUGAGGAUACCCCUUGGCACAAACAAAACUUCGGUUCGCUGGAAGGCCUGGACAGGAAGAAAUACCUAGAGUCCCUCAAAACCGAGGCAUUCAAAGCAAAAAGGGCUGCCGAUACUGAAGCCAGGAAGCGCACUGAGAAUGCUUUAGCAAAGAAAGCUUUGAAAGGUGGGAUUGGAUCGUUACCAAGUACAUCUCGUGCAAGUAAUGAUCCUCAAGAUGCUAUCUCCAAUGAUUCAGACCCUUUAUUCGAGGAUGAACGCCCUGCCUCUAGAGCUUCUUCUGUCGCAUCCUCAUCCACGAAAUCUUGGGGUAUCACACCAACUGUUUCAAAUCUCUCAUCAUCUUCACCCCAAACAUUUCCAUCAAGUUCAGAUCCAUCCGUUCCUUCAUCUUAUCCUUUGUUUGCUCACUUGCACUCUCGUGACUACUUCAUGACACCUGGUCUCCGAUUCGGGUGCGACUAUACUGUAUAUCCAGGAGAUCCUUUACGCUUUCAUAGUCACUUCGUAGCGACAGGUUAUGAAUGGGAUGAAGAAAUCCGGUUGCUGGACAUAGUUGGAGGUGGUAGGUUAGGUACUGGUGUCAAAAAAGGCUUCUUGAUUGGUGGCGAAAGUCCUGAGAAGAAAUCUGAUGAGGAGAAAAACGAUGGAGUAAGAACCUUCUGUAUAGAAUGGGGUGGCAUGUAA